AUGGCCGCCACCACCACCCACGACGCCCACGAUGAGAAGGACCUCAGCGUCCACGAGGCGAAGCAGCCGGCCGUCGUCAUCACCAAGACGGUCAUGGGCGACGAAGCCUUCCAGCAGGCGAUGCUGAAGGAGCCGCCCUCGUGGUUCGGCAACCCCAUCAUCAUCCCGGCCAUCAUGGUCGCCUUCUGCUGCUCGACGACCAACGGCUACGACGGCUCGCUGUUCGGCACCCUGCUGUCCAACGACGACUUCAAGAACUUCUUUGGCGUCGAAAACAAGGGAAUCGCAGCUGGCAUCGUCACCGCCAUGUACCAGAUCGGCAGCGUCGUCUCGAUCCCCUUCGUCGGCCCCGCCAUCGACACCUGGGGCCGCCGCGUCGGCAUGUUCCUCGGCUCCCUCAUCAUCAUCAUCGGCGUCAUCAUCCAGAUCACCUGCAUCCAGACCGGCAGCGUCAACCAGUUCAUGGCCGGCCGCUUCUUCCUCGGCUUCGGCGUCCAGAUCGCCGCUGCCGCCGGCCCCAUCUACGUCGUCGAGAUCGCCCACCCGGCCCACCGCGGCGUCUGCGGCGGUCUUUACAACGUCAUGUGGCCCGUCGGCGCCCUCGUUGCCAGCAGUGCCGCCCGCGGCGCCCUCGACAUCGGCGGCUCCACGAGCUGGGCCAUCCCCGUUGGUCUCCAGGCCAUGUUCCCCGGCAUCAUCCUUCUCGGCUCCCUCCUCCUCCCCGAGUCCCCCCGCUGGCUCUACACCAACAACAAGCGCGAGGAGGCCCGGCGGAUCCUCAGCCGCCUCCACGCCCGCGGCAACAACGACAGCGAGUGGGUCAAGCUCCAGAUCAACGAGUACGAGGAGUUCCUCGAGCUCGAGGGCUCCGACAAGAAGUGGUGGGACUACCGCGCCCUCUUCAAGAACCGCGCCUCCUUCUACCGCCUCACCUGCAACUGUCUCGUCUCGUGCUUCGGCCAGUGGGCCGGCAACGGCAUCGUCUCCUACUUCCUCAGCGCCUUCCUCGACACCGCCGGCAUCCGCGGCGGGCCGACCCAGAUGAACGUCCAGAUGGGCAUGAACGCCAUCCAGAUCGUCUUCGCCGCCGCCGGCGCCUCCAUCGUCGACGGCGUCGGCCGCCGGCCCAUGCUCAUCGUCGUCAACAUCGUCUGCGGCCUCUGCUGGAUCGGCGUCAUCGUCCCGGCCUCCAUCGCCAACAUCGUCGACAUGGACGACAAGGACGCCGCCGCCGCCAUCAACCCCAACGUCUCCCGCGCCAUGCUGGCCUGGGUCUACAUCUUCCAGAUCUGCUACUCCGCCGGCUGGACCCCGAUGCAGGCCCUGUACCCUGUCGAGGUCCUCAGCUACGAGAUCCGAGCCAAGGGCAUGGCCUUCAGCGGUCUUUUCACCAACUUCGCCCUUCUCUCCAACCAAUUUGGUGUCCCCGUCGCCCUCGAAGACAUCCAGUGGAGGACUUACAUCGUCUUCUGCGUCUGGUGCUUCGUCCAGGCCGGCAUCCUCUACUUCCUCGUCCCCGAGACCAAGAACCGUACUCUCGAGGAGCUCGACAUCAUCUUCUCGUCCCCCAACCCCGUCAAGGCGUCCACGGCCAAGAAGCACUACGAGGUCGACGCCGGUGCCAACAUUGUCCAUGUGGAGGGCAGCACCGGCCACGAUGCCAGAGAGGUCUAG